AUGGAACCGUGCAGCAGUCGCAACGGCUCCCUCCGCGUAGUGCACGGCAAUGCAAACCCGAAGCUCGCCGAGGACGUGUGCCGCUACCUCAGCAUCCCUGUCACCGCCAGCCGCGUCGGAAGCUUUGCUAACGGGGAGACGAUUGUGAAGAUUCUCGAGUCCAUUCGUGGUGACGACCUCUUCGUCAUUCAGCCCACCUGCGGCAAUAGCACCGGCACGAACGUGAAUCAGGCGGUGAUGGAGCUGCUGCUAAUCAUUCACACCCUGAAGCUGUCGUCAGCGCGUCGCGUGAUCGCCGUGAUUCCGCACUACGGGUACGCUCGCCAAGACCGCAAGCACACAGGCCGCGUGCCGAUCAGCGCAUCCGCCGUGGCACGGAUGGUGACGGAGAUGGGCGUCAACGGCGUCGUGACAAUGGACCUGCACUGCGGCCAGAUUCAAGGCUUCUUCCACGGAUGUCCGGUAGCCGACCUCAGCCCCAGCUCCGAGUUCGCCGAGUACGUCAAGCAGAAGAACUUCACUCCGAACAGUUUGGUGGUUGUGGCACCAGACGCCGGCGCGGUGAGCCGGGCACGCCGCAUGGGCGACCGCAUUGGCGCCAGUCGCAUUGUCACAAUUCUGAAGCGCCGCGUCGUGGCUAACCAGGUCGAGUCGAUGCAGCUGGUCGGAGAGGUUGAAGGGUGUGUGUGCAUCAUUGUGGAUGACAUGAUCGACACGGCCGGCACGCUGUGCAAGGCGGCGGAGGUGCUGAAGGAGUACGGAGCAAAAGAGGUGCACGCCUAUGCGACGCACGGCAUCUUCACCGACCCUGCGUGUGAGCGCCUCACGCAGUGCGAUGCGCUUGUCGAGGUGGUGGUUACAGAUAGCAUUCCGCAGGAGGAGUCUCGCCAGAAGUGCAAGAAGAUUAAGGUCAUUUCCAUCGCAAAGCUGCUUGCCGACGCCAUUUACCGCAUGCACUCGGAGGAGAGCCUCGAGACGGUGGGGCAUCCGGAGCACUUCAUGCCAAAGCACGGAGAUGACCUACAGCCGCUCGAGUCACUCGUAGAGGAGGAUGAGUGGUCGCGACAUAACGAGUAA